CUCCCUCCCUGCUGGUUUAUGUAUGCACACCUCACCACGGGGACAAAACAAGCGAGGGCGAGGCGGUGUAACUCAACCCUCUGCUCGUAUCUGACGCUUCUUCAGAACUGUACCUCCCCAGGAUCAGAAAUUAUCCCCGUCUAUGAAACUCCCUGAUCAUGCAAGCUAACAGAAAAUGAUGGCGAGUGACUCACGGCUUGUUUUUCCUCCCUCAGGUUUCCACGUCAACAGCGAGGUCCUGCAGGCCAUCGUCAGCCGGUACGCUGACUCUCAGUACGCCAUAGACUUCGACAGCUUUGUGGGCUGCGCCAUUAAACUGGAAAUGCUCUUCAAGAUCUUCAAGGCUCUGGAGAAAGAUGGUUCUGGGAAGAUGGAGCUGGACAUGCAGCAGUGGCUGUGCCUGGGGAUCGUCUAAACCCUGCAGACGAGAUGAACGAGGAGCUUUGUGAUCGCUGCCUGGAGAGGAAGCUCAAUCACAUUCAAGCACAAUCAGAAUAUACAUUUCAGUCUCUUUAUGGUGCUUUGGGUCAGUUGAUGGUGCUUUAAUCAGGCUUACAUGUAUUCCUAAUAUGGUAUUAAGUAAUAUGUGCAGAGCAUACACACAGAGGAAGUACAUUUCAAAAUGUUUGGAGGUGUCUAACACUCAAACGUUUUUCCUUUCAGCACUCUAAGAAUGAAUGUAUCUCAUUAGUGGGUGUUUUUGCUCUGUUGGUGGUUGCAGAACCUUUGAUUUAAUAAAUAGAUAAUUAAAAACUGAUUAUAGAUCCUUUCAGAUGAUGAAAAUGUGUAUGUUUAAAAUGAUGUGGACGUGAUUGUAGCUGUUUAAACUCCUCCUCUUUGUCUGUUUUGAGGUUGAUGCUUUAUUUCCAAUUUGUGACGCCUCUUCAGAAACCAAUAGGUGACGUCCCAGAGACCAUGUCCAUCUUUCAGAGUCUAAAGGGGCUUUUCAACCAGGGUGGUUUCACUUGACUUAAUGCUGUUUUAAAAGCUGUGGCAGAGAUGUUCCAGCUUAAAGAGUGACCAUGUUAACUGGAGACUCUCCCUCACAAACGUCUUUAGACCAUCAUUAAAUAUCUGAUGAUAUUUUGAAAUCUUAAUAAAAACUAAACUAGUUUGCA